GUCAUUUCUACCACCUGAAAAUGCGUGUUUACAAUAAGAGACGUGCAGAACGCAUGAAGGACAAGAUCAGAGCAAUGCAGCAUUUCUUUGACCUGAAGGAAACUGCUUUUCUGGAUCAUAAAACCUUGAAUGGGAUGAAAGAGGCAAGAUGUGGAGUCCCUGAUGUGGAAAACUUCAGCUUUUAUCCCGGGCGGCCCAAAUGGAAGAGCAACAUCAUUACUUACAGGAUUGCAAGAUUCACUCCAGAUCUCCGUCCGGAAGAGGUGGAAAACUCCUUGCAUUUGGCUCUGAAAAUAUGGAGCGACGCUGCUCCUCUGAAGUUUGUCCAAAUAAAGGAGGGCAGAGCAGAUAUCACCUUCUCCUUCAACUCCAAAGCUCAUGGAGACUUCUUCCCUUUCGACGGGCCUGGAGGGGUGCUGGCACACGCCUUUGAGCCUGGAGAGGGACUUGGUGGAGAUGUUCACUUUGAUGAUGAUGAAAUAUGGACUGUGGGACGCGGCAGACCAGGAUAUAAUCUGUUUACGGUGGCAGCUCAUGAGUUGGGUCACUCUCUGGGUCUUUCUCACUCCAAAGAUCCGACAGCUCUCAUGUAUCCAAAAUACAAGUUCAUCAACGCUGCAACAUAUAAACUGCCCAGAGACGACACACUUGGCAUCCAGGCUUUGUAUGGAAAGAAAACUAGACAGCAGGAGCUUGUAAUCCCUAAUAAAUGUGAUGUCAUUUCUUUUGAUGCCGUGACAGUCCUCGAAAAAGAAAUCAUUUUCUUUAAAAACAGUUACAUGUGGAUGAGAACAAACUGGAGGUCAUACUGGAACAGACUCAAGGAAGGACCUCAGAGUGUUUUUCUACCCAGCAUCCCCUCACCUAUAGAUGCAGCUUAUGACAUUCCUUCGCAACGAGUGGCAUAUGUUUUCACAGGCCCUAAAUAUUGGGUGGUUCAGAAACUAGAGUCAAAGAGCUAUUAUUAUGGCUCCAUCUAUGAGUUUGGAUUUCCAGAAAUUGUACGACAAAUAGAUGCUGCUGUUCAUGUGAGUGAAGGGGGAAAGACCUACUUUUUCACAGGAGACUACUACUUCAGUUAUGAUGAAAAAAGAAAUGUGAUGGAUCGUGGAUUUCCAAGGAAAAUUAAUACGGGCUGGCCUGGCAUUGUUGGAAAAGUGGAUGCAGCUUUUGAACUCAAUGGACGCGUUCACCUCUUCUGCAGAUCAAAGUCAUUUAUCUUCAGCCAUCAGAAAAGAUUGCUGCACACUAUGAACACUAAUGCUUGGCUGGGCUGCAGUUGAAAAAUAAGAAGGAAAACACCAACCACAAGUGCAAGAUGUAUGAUUGCCUCAAGUCAAAUGUCAAAUGAGUUUAAAGAGUUAUCUGAAUCCUUAUAAGCUAAAGAAUCAUUGGUGGAAUGAAUGCAUUUGAUCAAAUUACAGAUUUGUUCAGUGCAUAUUUGAAAAGAAGCAAGUGCUGCAAAUGAUUGCAAGUAAUUUUAAAUAUAAAGUAUUACAGAGCAUGAAAGAUUCAUUUAUAUUGAUUCAAAUCUGUAUAUCGCUCAAAUCAUAUCCACUUUUUGUUUUUGACCUUUUAUUGGCUAUAAUGCACUUUUAAAUUCAUGCAUUCAGAUCUGUUUAAUGUAAGAAUACAUUGUGAAAAUAAUACAAAAGUCAGGAAAACAAAUGUUUUUUUUAUUUUACUUUAACU